AUGCAGGAGCCGGAGGAGAGCCUCGAGGGGAGAGCAGGGGUUGAAGAAGACCACGACGGCCAGCGUCGUCCUCAAGCUGCCGAUGCCCAGACCAGCGCCCAAACUCUGGCAACUGAAGGUGACCAUGGCAACUUCCCUCAGGGCGGCCCACAGGAUUCCAGUGGCCUGGCUGCCCCCGGGAGCCCGGCUGCUCCUGGUAGCCCGGCUGCCCCCGGGAAAGCGGCUGAAGAGGCAGCAGUCAUCCCCCUCGGCGAGCAGGGGCUGCUUCUCCCUGGACCCAGCGGUGAUACUACACCAGCAAGUGCGAGUCGACUCCUGGAGUUCUCUGUAACAGUGCCUUUCAGGUCUGCGGUGGAGGCAGACAUGGCCCGCAGGUCCCUGGUCUCCAAUGCCCGUCACCAGCAAGUGGUGCUUCCACAGGAGUACACCGUGAACGACAGUGUCCUGGCUGUUAGGUGGAAUACUGAAGACCCUGUCCUCUUCCGAAUUUCCAUCAACACUUUCCUCGACCAGCUCUCCCUGGUGAUGAGAAACAUUCAGCGCCUGGAGUUCGUGGCUGUUAUCAGACGGGGACAGAGAAGAUUCCGUGAACCCUAACAUCUUACCAGAUACAAGAAAAGUCAGCGCGUUUUGUGUUUUGAUUAACUUGUUGUUUUGAACGUAGCAUCUUAUUGCUAAGUAAACCAUAUCAGUCAGUUGGUUGGAUUGUUUCACAGUUGCUGAAGGAAUGACGGUUUAAAUGUUAC